AUGCGAAUUUCAGAGAAGUAUGUUCUCACGUUUCCCUUGUUAACGUUGACCAAGACGGACACGGAUGUUCUUCGUGCCUCUCUAAAUUCUCUCAAAUCUUCGGAUAUUGAAGUCACUUUAGCUGGUGUCCACUUUUUCGAGGAGGUUAUCUUACAGGAUUUUCCAGCCGAAAUAUUCCUUCAACGCACUGCUUUUGUUGAGGCUAUCUCCGUCGUCCCAGCGGACUUGCGGACCCAAUUCUCAAUGGCACUAUUGGACACGAGUUUAUUAUGCACUCCGUGUGAUUUGGAUCGAUUAGUCCUUGUCGGACUCCCAGCUUAUGUUGCCCUGUUCAACUCCGCCAUUCUUUCUUUGUGGCAAAUGUUGAUAAACUUACAGCGAUCUAUGCGUGCUCUGGUCCAGUACCUGCGCGAUUUCGAGGCGAUUCGGGAUAAAAAAAUAGAAAUCCCAGAAUCGUUGAUGGAUAUGGCCGUUGAAGGAGGGAAUGCAUUAGAAAUUAUAGGUUCCACCCACUUUGCUUCCACAUUUGUACAGUUCUUGAAUGAAAUCUUCUGGUUUCCUGGUCUAUCCACGUUGCAUCAUAAUGUGAACUCAACUAAUGUGGAUAUUGUGGCCAAUCCGACCAAACCGAACAACGGAUUGGAAUUCGUUCUACGCGAUGAAAUACUCUGUGAACUGAUCGAGUUUGGAUUGCAAGAUAAUUGUGUUGAGAUUCACAAUUUGACUGAACGCAUCCUGGUCCGAUUGUUAAACGGAUACGCCAUUCUUCCACAAGCAACUUGGAAAGCAUUGCGCCGACUGAUCCUUUUGCGUCCUGCCUGUGCCGACCCACUCCCCGAUGCAGUUAGACCCCUUUCUAUCUCCUUGGGGCCAUAUGCACAGGUUUAUUCAGGCCCGGAUGAGCAGGACACAUUAGGUGCGCUCGCACUUGACUGGUGUCUAGGCCAAAUGACACCAGAUGGGCGUCGUUUAUGGCAUGAUCGUGAUCGAGUUGUUGAACGUUCCAUUACAGAUUCGUCUGCAAGCGAUGAGGUAUUCGAACAAGUUAUCAUGUCGUGUUGCCGCCUACUCAUGCACCCGGCCCCCGAAGUUCGAUUGCGAGCCGCAGUUGUCGUGUGCGAUUACAUACAACAGUUAUGGCGUCAUUCGGUCGGCAUGGACUCGCGUAGUCGAUUUUCACAGUUUGAAUCGGUGCGGCAGAUAGAGGGCGCAUCUGUCACUUCGGAACCGCGUUCAGCCACAGCUGGGAAUACUGGCUCGUUAAACAUAUAUCCUCCAGUACUCCUGAAUGGACCCGGUAUCAGUUUGUCAGACUCGAAGCACAAAACGAGCACUCCACUGCUAGAUACACAGAAUACUGUUCUGAAUACAGUAACAGAUAAACUUGCCAAUAUUUUCAUCCCAACCGCGUACGAUUCGUCCGGAACUAUUCCGGCACCGCCGCUGCUCGAUCAGCACGAUGUUCCAGUAGAGAGUACAUCACACUGUGAAGAUCAAAAGCAAUUAGACGGAUUGUUACACGUGAUGCAAUUGUUUUCCAGUUCGGACUCCGAUCUAGGUGUGCGCCGUGCAGCUGGAGAGCAGAUUGCUAUUCUCGUCAAACGUGAGUUAUUUAUCGGUGCCAGUCCUUUGAGAUUAUUUAUGUAUAACACAAUAUGGUGGGCAGUAGCUGGAUGA